AUUCGUUAUAUGUUAACAGUUGGCGAAUUAAUUCGAUGGACGAAUUUAACAAUUUUUGAAAUUUGGUUGCAUUCAGUCGGAAUCCUUAUUUUUAGUGUAUUGCUGGUUUUUAAAAUUGAAUUUCAUUUGGGUCUAACAUUUUGGCAAGUUUUUACUCCACUUUUUAUCGCAACCGCAUUCAAUCAUUAUUUUCUAUUUAUUGUCUUUAUUCGAGCAGUCAUUCAUGAAAACGAUUGCAAAACUCCGUUUAUCAAAUAUGCAUUCAGUUGGUUACGAUGUAUUCUUAUGGGUAUUUUUGAAGCACUAUUAUGUUAUAAGAUAAAUGGGGAUCUCGAAGAUGGUCAAGUAGCGGUGCAAUCAUCUUACGGCAUUAUCUUCUUGCCAGUUUGGUCGUUAUUAGCGACACUUUGUUUUCAGGCUUGUAGGUUAUUGUAA